GAGUUUGUGGACUUCAUAUCACGUGGAUUCACCAUGGAUGAGGCCCUUCUCUCCAGACAAGCAGUGGUAGGGGAGUCAAGCAGACCAUCUCCCAGGAGAGAGUUUGCCUCCAGCAUUCUUGACCCUGGUUCACAUUGGCGACAAUCGACUGCCCGUAUUACCACCACAACACCCACUUCUUUCUUUGUUGACCUCAUUUCAAACUUAAACAGGAAGAGAAAUCUCCCCCGCCGCUCACACUCUGCUCCUUCUGUGUUUACCUACGCCAAGGAGGACCCGAGACCUUCCCAAAAAUCAAUGCCUCUAAUCGUCAGGCAAGCCUUCAUCUGGGUCAUUUUGUAUUGUAUAGUUGGAAUUGUAAUAAUUUGCCUGAAAAGUGGAAGUUUCAAGGGCCAUCUCACUGUAAAACCAGUGGACGCCUUGUAUUUUUCUGUCGUCACUCUCUGCACAAUUGGUUAUGGAGAUAUUGUUCCAGACACGACAUUUACCAAGAUGUUCACUUGUGUUUUCAUCUUAGUUGGCUUUGGUAUCAUCCAUAUUUUGCUCAAUGGUCUGCUCACCUAUGUUCUUGACAGGCAAGAGGCAGUUAUGAUGAGCACUGUAGAUCUGAACCAAUGCCAUACAAUGAUACAGACAUAUAUGAUAGACCCAGAAAAGGGAAGAAUAAGGAUAAGAAUCAAAGUGGUUUUGGCAUUGGCUGUUGUGAUUGUUUGCAUUGCUGUGGGGACCAUUGGAAUACAUCUUUUGGAGGAUCUGACUUGGGUUGAUAGUGUUUACCUAUCGGUAACAUCAGUGACAACAGUAGGAUAUGGGGAUUAUGCAUUUGAAACAUUGGCGGGCAGGUGCUUUGCAAUAAUUUGGCUAUUGGUAAGCACAUUGGCUGUUGCUAGGGCUUUUCUCUACCUCACUGAGCUGAGCAUUGACAGGAGGAAUCGAAGGAUUGCGAAAUCGGUUCUUGAGAAGCUGAUUCUUGCAGGUUUAGUGGCUGCAGAACCUUGAUAAUGAUGGAUCAAUCAGCAAAUCUGAGCUUGUCAUAUACAAGCUAAAGGAGAUGGGAAAGAUAUCAUAGAAAGACAUCAUGUUGAUCACCAAUAGUUUGAUUCACUAGACCACACCAAUUGUGGCAAAAUUACUAUUGUUGAUCUCAUGGCUAGUGAUUGAUUCAACCACUGGUUUCCAAUUGGAAAAAGGAAAGUGUAAUAUUAUCUAGAUCUCACUUUGGCAACAGCCUCAACUUGGAGCUCUACACUUUGUACAAAGUUGAAGGGCUGGACCAUACAACAUUAUUUUUACAUUAUUUUAUCAAUUUCAAAUUUGCAACAGGUCCAUCAUAUCCAUCUAGUAACCAAGAUUGUAUAUUAUAUGCUAGUAAAAGUUCCUGCAUGUAGAUUGCUUUGCUUUUGGAAGGAGCAGUUGUAUUAUUUCAAAAGAUUCAUUUCUUGUCCUCAAUUUUAAUAAAAGUUCAAGCACUUUGCACUCUUA